AUGAUGAUGAUGAUGAUGAUGAUGGACCUCCGUCCGCGCGGCGCAGCUCCUCCGGCUGAGGUGUGACAUUAUCAGCCACGCGAUGCUGAAUCCGCCCGCUUUUCCUCGGGAUGUGACAGCGGACGGAUGCUCGUGGCAAGCUAGCUAGCUGUUAGCUCAGUUAGCACCUCGGAGCUCCAGCAGGCUGCUGCCGCUCGGAGCUCCAGCGAGGCUGCGGCUCCGGGCUCCGAGCUCCUCCUGGAGGCUGCGGCUCGGAGCUCCAGCAGGGCGGAAGGCAGCUCGGAGCUCCAUCCAGCAGGCGGCUUGCAGCAGACCGGCUGAUCCGCCGCAGCGCCGCGCAGAGCCCUGCGAAAAGGAUGGGGACGAUGAGGCCUUAAAUGUCAGAUCAACAUCUGUGUGAGCAGUCAUCGGAUACAGCCAUGGCGUCGCAGCUGCAGGUGUUCUCCUCCCCCUCCGUGUCCUCCAGUGCCUACUCCCGUUCAAAGAGGCUCAAAGUGGAGAACCCGUCCUGGGACGUGUCCAACCAGCUGGGAGAUAAUGGUUACUACGAGCAGAGCUCCUCCCAGGGCGCCGCACCCUCCACCUCCGGCUCCAACUUCAACCCGGUGUACGGCUCCGGCCCGGGGCACCCGCCCACGGCGGGCUCCCGGGAGCAGACGGUGGUGCGGGCGGCAGACAGCACGGGCAGCCUUCACGGGCCCCCCUCGUCCUCCUCCUCGUCCUCCUCCUCCAGCCGUCGCGUCAAGGAUGCAGAAUCCUCCUCGCAGCCGUGCGACCUCUACCACAAGCAGUACAGCCUGAAGAGGAAGAGCGAGGAGGUGGACAGCAGCGACAGCGUCCAGAUCCUGGAGGAGCUGUCGGCCCCCGUGGUUUCCAACCGCACCGGCGGCGGCGGAGGCGGCGGCGGGACCACCACGGCUCAGUCCAUAGCACACUCCACCUCCACCACCAAGAGCAGCACCUCCCACAGCGAGGGAGACUACCAGCUGGUCCAGCACGAGAUCCUGUGCUCCAUGUCCAACAGCUACGAGGUGCUGGAGUUUCUGGGGCGCGGCACCUUCGGACAGGUGGCCAAAUGCUGGAAGCGAGGCACAAACGAGAUCGUGGCCAUCAAAAUCUUGAAGAACCAUCCCUCUUAUGCUCGGCAAGGCCAAAUUGAGGUGAGCAUCCUCAGCAGGCUGAGCACCGAAAACGCCGACGAGUUCAACUUUGUCCGCUCGUACGAGUGUUUCCAGCACAAGAACCACACGUGCCUUGUGUUUGAGAUGCUGGAGCAGAACCUUUACGACUUCCUGAAGCACAGCAAGUUCAGCCCCCUGCUGCUCAAGUGCAUCCGGCCCAUCCUGCAGCAGGUGGCCACGGCGCUCAUGAAGCUGAAGAGCCUGGGGCUGAUCCACGCCGACCUGAAGCCCGAGAACAUCAUGCUGGUGGACCCGCUGAGGCAGCCCUACCGCGUGAAGGUCAUCGACUUCGGCUCGGCCAGCCACGUGUCCAAAGCCGUUUGCUCCACCUACCUGCAGUCGCGGUACUACAGAGCUCCAGAGAUUAUUCUGGGACUUCCUUUCUGCGAGGCGAUCGACAUGUGGUCUUUGGGAUGUGUGAUCGCCGAGCUGUUUCUGGGAUGGCCUCUUUACCCCGGUGCCUCAGAGUACGACCAGAUUCGAUACAUUUCGCAGACGCAGGGCCUUCCGGCAGAGUACCUGCUGAGCGCGGGAACCAAGACCAGCCGCUUUUUCAACCGAGGACCCGACUCAAGCUACCCUCUGUGGAGGCUCAAAACGCCUUCAGAGCACGAGGCAGAGAUGGGCAUCAAGUCGAAGGAGGCCAGGAAAUACAUCUUCAACUGUCUGGAUGACAUGAUGCAGGUGAACAUGACGAACCUGGAGGGCACAGACAUCCUGGCGGAGAAGGCCGACAGGCGGGAGUUCAUCGACCUGCUGAAGAAGAUGCUGACGCUGGACGCCGACAAGAGGAUCACCCCCAUGAAGACGCUGAACCACCCCUUCGUCACCAUGACGCACCUGCUGCACUUCCCCCACAGCUCACAUGUGAAGUCCUGCUUCCAGAAUAUGGACAUAUGCAAACGCAGAUGCAGCGCCUUCGAGAACGGGAAGAACAUGUUCGCCAGUAACAGCACGCCGAGCGCCGCCACCAACCUCACCGUCACGUUCAGCAGCCAGCUCAACCAGCACAAUCAGAUGGCUUCCACCGGAGGUCAGUCCCUUUCCCUGAGCAGCAACGUCCCGCUGCUCAACUACCAGCCGGGCCUCUACCAGCAGGCCACCAUCAACAUCCCCGGCCUGACCCAGCAGGGCGUCCCCCUGCAGACCAGGCCCACCCAGCUCUGCACCCAGACCGAGCCCUUCCAGCAGACCCUCAUCGUCUGCCCCCCCACCAUCCAGGGUCUCCAAACCUCCAAUAAGCCGUCGGGUUACCCCGUGAGAAUGGACAACUCCGUCCCCUUAGUCCCUCAGAACCAGUCCUCACAGUCUCUGCACAUCCAGCCCAGCAUGCUGACACAGGCCUCCUUUGACCCGCUGCUGGCAGGCGAGCUGUACGCCUCCGUGGCGGGAAUGUCAUGUUUAGGCUCUGUCCGGCUGCCGGUGGGAUGCAGGGGUGGCAACAGUGGCGGCUCAAUGGAUACGUUUACCUCCACGCUGCAGGGCUGGCCAGCAGGAACACAGCAGAUCCUCAUCCCUUCCACCUGGCAGCAGAUGCCCGGUAUUCCCAUCCACAACCCGGCGGGGCAGGCUGUGGUGCCCGACUCCCCGCUGGGAGCUCAGAUCUCGGACAGUCAGCAGGUGUCCAGCUGGAGAGGUCGUCACGGAGGCCAGUGUGACGCGGCGAGCCAGCAGGAGUCUGGAGCAGGUCGUCAUGCUGGAUCUCAGAAUCACGGCUCAGGAGCAGCUUAUCCCAGAUCCCAGCCGGGCAAGAGAGGGAAGGGCCGACACCCCGAGAGCAGAGCCAGGCCGGUGUCGUCGGUUCAGUCCUCCUCUGUGGUCCACAGCUCGUCCCUGGCUGGCGACGUCUCUCAGCCCAUCGUCAUCUCUGACACGCCGAGUCCCGCCGUCAGCAUCAUCACCAUCCACAGCGACUCGGAGGACGAGGACGAGGCAAAGUUCCCCGCCGCUCGGUCUGGAACGAGCCAGAGGACUAAUGUGAUCAGCUGUGUGACGGUGCACGACUCCCACGACUCCGACUCCUCCACGAGCAGCCCGCUCAGCCCCAAGACCUCCACCCAGCCCCCCAAGUCCCUGGCCAUCAUCAUGCCCUCCGUGAAGAGCCAGCCUGGAGAGAGCACAACGCACAAGCCUCCGGUGGCAGAACAAGCCACGAGCGGCUCUGGGAAGUCCAAGAAGGCGGCCGCUCCGUCGUCCGGACGGACGGGAGACUCCGCCACAGACCGGCAUCACCGCGCCGCUUCCAGCAGAUCUCAGCCGCUCAACCUCAGUCAGGUGCAGCAGUCCGUCAUGACGUCCUCCCAGGAUCCGAGCGGCGGCGGCGGCUCGCUGAGGCGGCAGCCCACCUACCCCCCUCCCGUCUCCUCCCACUCGUCCUACCGGCUCCAUGAGAGCACCCUCUUCACCUCCACCCCCAACCUGUACGCCUACCCGGCCUCGGCCGCCCUGGCCUCCGUGUCACAGGCCGUGGAUCAGAUGCAGGGCGGCUCGUCGCGCCACGGCCGGGCGGGCGGGGCUUACCCCUCGCUGGCGCUCUUCCAGAAGAGCGGCGGCUUGGCUCUGGGCGGCCCGGCCGCGGGACAGUACGGCGGCGGCGGCCACCACCAUCAGCAGCCGCCGCCGCCACCUCCGCCGCCGCAGCAGCAGCAGCUGGCGGUGCAGCAGCCUUUCCAGCGCUCCGCCGCAGCCUACCAGAGAAAACUCAACCAGUAUCCCUACCUGUGAACGCUGAGCAGCUACACUUGAAGGACCGAACCCAGACCGGACCAGACGAGCACAAGCUCAUCGCAGGACGCUGUGAUCGGACUCGCUUCCAACUUGACGUUUCACUUUGAUUUCCCACAGUGUCUUCAUAUGUGUUGUUUUUAACCUUUUUCUUGCUCUCUGUGACCUCAGUGUUAACGGCUCUGUGACAUUUGUUCUGAUUUCAGGCCCAUUCACACACACAGCUAGUUCUACACAUGCGCGACGAGUUCGACAACAACAAUAAUGCUGUUUUGCUGGAGAAGCGCUGUUAAAUUCAAGAGUAAACAGUACAAAGUGCACAUUUACAAGGCCGUCUUCUAGAUCGCAUGUGGAGACACAUUUCUAACAUACAGCAGAUAUUAAGUGGGCAAUGAAGAAAGACAGUUUAAAAGAGCUUAAAUGUCUAACUAUUGUCUGCAUGCGAGCGUGGAUGGUUGUUAAAAAACAGCACCUACUAGUGGUCCGACAUGCAAAUAGCACUUUGAAAACAUUGUCAUCUAAAACCAAAUGCAAGGUUUUUUCCUGCCGAUUGUCAUCAUGUAAGCACGGCCUUCAACAAGAAGUGAAUUACUGCUGUGUUUACAUGAAAUAUACAUCGUGCAGGAGCUGUUUUUUGUCUCUAUAGCACCUAAACUUGAUGGACCGUCAAUACAAACGUCGAUAUUCUGCACAGGUUUUCUCCACCUUUUCCUCGAUAAACGUCGGCUGAGAGCCAGACAGAGUUUAGAGUCCUUAAUUCAGCUCACACGCAUGACUUUAGACUCUCAAUCCAGAAAACCCCGUGCAAGCACAUGGAGAACAUGCAAACUCCACACUUCAAAGCCAGAUCCUGGAAUCAAACCUUCCCGCAGCGAGGCCAACCACUUCACCAACACCUCAAGAUAAACUGACAGGCCGUCAUGUUCAGAUCAUUUCAUGUGAGACGUGUUUCUAACGACUGCUAUGCUGCUCGAUGAAGAACUGUUUUUAAUAUCAAUAUGUUAGUUUGAGGCGGUUGCUUUCAGAUUUGAUUGUCUGCACAUUGUGAUAAUUUUGGUUAAUAAUGUGUUUCAUUCAUGAAUGUAAUAUGUGUGUGUGUGUGUGUGUGUGUGUUUUAACUGUGCUAUACAAAACAAGUGGAAAACAUAAGCUAAGUACUGUACUGUAUAAUAAUGCGUCGCUGUGUUUUCCAUGUUACUUCUGUUCUAGUACCGACUAUCGACUGGAUUAUAUUUAUAUGUUUAGUAUGUCGACUGAUUUUAAUAUUAGACGAUGAUGAGACUUUUUUUUUUUUUUUUUUUUUACAAUUUUGAAAGUUACUGUUAAGGUUGCAUGUGUCUGACAUGGAGUAGCAUUCAGGGGAAGUCCGUAAACCGCAGCGCUGGCGGAGGGAUUAGUUAUUUAUACGACGGAUCGCGUUAAAAGUAUGGACGAAAAUGUCAAAGUUUGUGUCUCGUGAAGUGAUGUCUGUGGAGUAACGCGUGCACAUUAAAUCCGAUCUAAUACGUUAAAAAUCAUUUACAUUUUAAAUCGAUUCAGUGCUGCAUUUGAAUUGUGAAUAAUCCAAUCGGAUGAAGCUGAUUUCUAGAGAAUAUAAAUUUGAUGUUUGGUAUGUUACUGCUUCUAAACAAAUCAUUGGUUUGGUGAAGCGAUGGUUGUUUUUACAAUCCUGCUGUGUUGUGAAGUGCUACAUUACAUAGAACACACGAUGAACCUUAACCCGUAUAUACGCAAUAAAGUCUUUUCAAAACA